AUGGCUCACCACCCUAUGUUGCGCGACCUGCUCUUUCGGCUGCCACCCGCCACCGCAGUCCUGGUCCUCUCCACACUGUUCGCAACCACAGCAGAGGGACAUGCCUUGCCGCGCCAGACGACGACGGUGGAAUUCCAUGAGCUCAACGUCAUCGCGUGGCCGCCCGUCCCGACGGAAGCACCGCUCUCACCCUACGAACUGCUACGAAGGCAGGAAGACAAUACGGUAUGCGGUUUCAUUGGGGGCAAUUCCGGCCUCCCUGCCACAUGUUCGGCAGGGUCGCAUUGCGUGUUGGACACGAACAACAAUGUCAUGGGAUGUUGCCCGAACGGAGGAGCGUGCACAGCCGGAGUAUUCACGGGUUGCGUCGAUUAUAACAGCGGAGCGCAGACCGAGGUGAACCCCUACGUGUACACAUGUCAGGGAUCCGACGUGUGCUAUAAGAAUGAGUUCGGCGGUGGUAUAUUUCAAUACGGCUGUGGGACGUCUUCGGAUCUGGCGACUACAGUUGAGACUUCCGUGAGCGGCGUCAAUGCACUCGUACUGCCUGCUUCUUCCGUGGCCUUGACAGAGACUCCAACGUCACUAUCGGAGCCGACUUCGAUAAAUCCAAACACCGGAACACGGAGUUUCUCCAGCAUCUCAAAAAUCUCUUUAUCGUUCAAAUCCUCAUCGACGUCCGCUUCAGCAUCUGGCUCGUCAUCCACGUCCUCAGCCUCAUCAUCAAGCUCAUCGUCGACAAGCACAACGACUUCAUCUAGUUCAUCUUCGACUUCGUCUAGCUCCUCCUCGACUACCUCCUCCACGACUAGUUCUUCUGCGUCUGCAGCAGGCAGUUCUUCCAGUUCAACUACCAGCUCAGCGCCUACUGCGGCCCCCGCUACAGGAUCAAGUUUCGAUCGCACGGGGGCUAUUGUGGGAGGAACCAUCAGCGGCGUCGCCAUCUUGGUCGCUUUGAUCGCAAUCGUACUAUUCUACUUGAGAAAACGACGAAACAACCGGAAGGGACCAGGACCGCAACCCGCUGCGCCGCCAACAACGGAAUAUAUGAGUCCCAUGAGAUCCCAUGGCGCAGCAUUUGCACCUCUGCCGACUUGGCAAGAAGAGGAAGAGCCAGCGACGCCACAACCACGACUCAAUCAACCAUAUAGCAACCAACCAUACAGUGUAGCAGACCAGCCUGCCAAUAUGUACAACGAACCGCGCAGCGCACCAGAGCCGCCGGUCAAUACGUACAACCCGUACGAUAUGGGCGUGGCGCACUCGACGUUCGGCGGAGACCCAAGCGUGGCAGGGCCAGUGGGCUAUGACCCCGUGCACGUCGAAGGGGGAGGCGUGGGAGGCACGCCAAUCGCAGACACGUACACGCGAUCGGAUUCCCGCGAGAUCGACGAUUUCUCGCACGGCUACACAGCUGCACUCGGGCAUAUGCAGGAUGAAGACAGACAGCCCCUUACCGUCGUGAACCCAGACGACCACCACCACGACCAUGAUUAUGACCACGACGAGCGGCCGGGUAGUCCCAUCAGGAACUCGGACAGGCCAUUGUGGCAACAGAACCGACGGCAGAGUAGGAACCUCAUGUGGAUGUGA